AUGACGUCUACACGCAGUGCGAGGAAAGUCUCGGACCUUUAUGAUUGUGAUUGGUAUUGGGGAGAUUUGGACUGGAAAUGGGCGGAACGACUGCUUUUGCUGUGUCCAGUUGGAUAUUUUUUGAUAAGAGACAGUCGAAGUGAAACGCAUCUUUUUACAGUUUCUUAUCACGCUGAAGACAAAGUCUAUCACUCUCGUCUAUCUCUAGAAGAUUCUCGACAAAAUUUGGGUAGCCGUCGGCCCUAUGUUUCAAGGGACUACCGUACUCUCGUCAAGAUAAUCGAGCGAUCGUUGAAAGUCGAUAUUUUUAGCUUUUUCCAAAAUUCGACCCCCAAAAAAAUCGAUAAAUCAAUUUUUAAAUUUCCGGAAGUUUUCCUGGCGAAACUUCAGAAAAAUUUUUUUCGAAUUUCUCGAAAACCCAUUUUUGGAUUUUUCAGUUUUUUUUUCAAAAUUCGACCUAAAAAAUCGAUAAUCAAUUUCUUCCAGCAAUCCCUACACGGUCACCAAAUGCUUCAUUUCCGACGCGGAUUCGAAGCCGACGCCGCCCAUGUUCAUUUGACAAGCCCAUUGACAAAACGAGAACUUCUUCCAUCGCUACAAUAUUUGUGUCGAUUCGCCUAUCGCUCCGCCCCUCAAGCUCCGCCCAUUCCGCAGGCCACGCCCCCUGCGAUUUUGACAUAUUUGAAUGAUUCGAAAUGGGUGAUACCGGAUUUAUUGAAGUGUGAGGAGCAGUUGAAACGAAGAUUUCGAUGA